AUGCCGAGGAUAGACUCGAAACGGUUGCCUCUCAGGCUCAAAAGGUCAUGCACUGAUGUAAUCAAUCAGCUCACUAAGCCACAGCAGGCACCCACUUCCUCCAUCCCUGGUAUCCAAGUUUGCAAAAGCCGUGCAGGAGCAGUACGGCUUCUGUGUGCUGCAUCAAGAAAGUACAACUUCGAUCUUCAUGUUUUAGAGUCUAAAGCCCAAGAUGCCGAGGAUGGACUCGACACGGUUGCCUCUCAGGCUCAAAAGGUCAUGCACUGA